AUGUCAGGAAAUCAAGAAUUCACAAACGUUUAUGUGAAGAAUCUGGUUGAAGGUGUCACGGAGGAUAUUCUACAUAGAUUGUUUUCACAAUUUGGGACAGUCUCUAGUGUUGUGGUUAUGAGGGAUGGUAUGGGAAGAUCGAGAGGUUUUGGAUUUGUCAACUUCUGCCAUCCAGAAAAUGCUAAGAAAGCUGUGGAAUCUCUCAAUGGACGACCACUUGGAUUGAAGAACCUGUUUGUAGGAAGGGCUCUGAAAAAAGCUGAAAGGAUGGAAAUGCUGCAACAAAAACACAGGGACAACUUUAUUGCCAAUAACAUGGAAUUGUCUAAUCUGUACGUGAAGAACUUGAGUGAAUCAGUAGAUGAAACAAGGCUGCGAGAGAUAUUCAGAAGCUAUGGGCAAAUAGUCUCAGCCAAAGUGAUGCGUCAUGAGAAUAGGAAAAGUAAAGGAUUCGGCUUUGUGUGUUUCUCAAACCGUGAAGAGUCCAAACAGGCUAUAAGAAAGCUCAAUGGAUAUUUAGUUGAUGGGAAAUCACUUGUUGUUCGAGUUGCUGAGCGCAAAGAGGAUCGAUUCAAGAGGAUUCAGCAAUACUUUCAAGGACAACUGCGGCAUUACACGCAAGCUCCUCCUGUCAUUUCACCAGCUCAGCCAGUCUUCCCAUCUAUGCCCAGCUCAUAUGGUUAUAUGCAGCCAAUCCAUAUGGGGACAUCUUACUACUAUCUGGGCACUCAGUUACCACAAAUGAUCGGUCACCAAAAGAUCACCACCAAUGUUCCAUCUGGCCAAGCUAAUCUGAAGGAAAGAAGAUCAGUGCAACUGUUCUACAAACAGCCAGUGGUUUAUAACAUUGCCAAGAGUGGAGCUAAACAGAAAAUGGUCUUUAAGGGACAUGGUAACAAAAAUGCAGAGGCAGCAGCCACUUGCUCCAAAGCGACUGCAUCUACUGAAGAACUCAACAGAGCAUCCUCGGCUUUGAAAGCAAUAUUGUUGUCACCAAAUGUCAAGGCAGAGAAAUCAGGAAAUAUUCAAGUUGCUUAA